GCAAGCCCCCCGAUUCAACACAGAUGUAUGCCCGCAUCAAUCCUGCUUUACUUUGGGAGAUCGCUUAGGUUUCUGGGAUCUUUGACGAGGCCAUCAGGUCAACAUGUUUUUAGUCGACUGGUUUUAUAGCGUUCUAGCAACGCUUGGUCUAUGGCAGAAAGAGGCGAAGAUAUUGUUUCUGGGGCUAGAUAAUGCCGGAAAGACGACCCUGCUGCAUAUGUUGAAGGAUGAGAGAUUAGCUCAGCAUCAACCAACACAGCAUCCAACGUCGGAAGAACUGAGUAUUGGAAAGAUCAAGUUCAAGGCCUUCGAUCUCGGCGGUCAUCAGAUUGCCCGACGGGUUUGGAAGGACUAUUACGCAAAGGUGGAUGCCAUAGUGUACCUCGUUGAUGCUGCCGACAAGGAGAGGUUCAUCGAGUCUAAGAAGGAGUUGGAUGGACUCCUUUCGGACGACUCUCUGGCGCUUGUGCCGUUCUUGAUCCUGGGAAACAAAAUCGACAUCCCAACUGCCGCGUCCGAAGACGAGCUUCGCUAUUCUCUUGGCCUGACUAACUACACGACUGGAAAGGGUAAGGUUAACUUGGCGGAGUCCAACAUCAGACCCAUUGAGGUCUUCAUGUGCAGUGUGGUGCGGAAGAUGGGAUAUGGUGAGGGCAUCAAGUGGCUAUCCCAGUACAUCAAGUAGGUUGCAAGCAUUUCUUAUUCGAGAAUUCUGGAGAACCUAGGUGGCCGUUCGAUCUCUCAUUGUAGGGGGGCGCAUGGCGCUUCUCGGUAAAUCCAGUACUUUCUGCUAGACUACUAGGGAAGUGGCACCAUGACCAACCCUUGUCAACGACAUACUAGGGUAGCUGUAUUGUUCAGAGAUCUGCAAACAUUUUCCAUGGUGUCUUUAUGUGACUCCAUA